AUGAAGGUACAUAUGCACACAAAAUUUUGCCUCAUUUGUUUGCUGACAUUUAUUUUCCAUCAUUGCAACCAUUGCCAUGAAGAACAUGACCAUGGUUCUGAAGAGCAUCACAGACACCAUCGUGGAAUGACAGAAUCGGAGUCAAGCGAAUUUUCAGUGCUGGAUGCUGAAAAUGAAAAAAAAUAUUAUAUUGAAAAACUUUUUGACCGUUAUGGUGAAAAUGGAAGAUUAUCCUUUUUUGGUCUGGAGAAACUUUUAACAAACUUGGGCCUUGGAGAGAUAAAAGUAGUUGAGAUUAAUCAUGAGGAUCUUGGCCACGAUCAUGUUUCUCACUUAGAUAUUUUGGCAGUUCAAGAGGGAAAGCAUUUUCACUCACAUAACCACCAGCAUUCCCAUAAUCACUUAAAUUCGGAAAAUCAAACUGUGACCAGUGUAUCAGCAAAAAGAAACCGUAAGUGUGAUCCAGAGAAAGAGACAAUUGAAGUGUCCGUCAAAUCUGAUGAUAAACAUAUGCAUGACCACAGUCAUCGCUUAUGUCAUCACCACUGUUUGCGUCAUCACCUUGAUCAUAACACUACUCGCCAUUUUCCUAAUGAUUCCAUUACUCACGGUGAGCAUGGGGAGCCUAGCCAUGAACCUUCAACAGAGACCAAUAAAACACAGGAGCAAUCUGAAAGUAAGCUACCAAAAGGAAAGAGGAAGAGAAAAGAGAAGAAAAGCAAUGAAAAUUCUGGGGUUAUCGCACCAGGUUUUCCCUCUAACCAUGAUCAGGGUGAACAGUAUGAACAUAAUCGGGUCCACAAACCUGAUCGUGUACAUAACCCAGGCCAUUCUCAUGUACGUCUUCCAGAACAUAAUGGUCAUGAUCCUGGUCAUGGACACCAAGAUCUUGAUCCUGAUGUUGAAGGUGAACUUCGACAUACUAGAAAGCGAGAAGCACCACAUGUUAAAAAAAGUGCAAUUUAUUCAGCUGCUAGUCACAAAGAUCAUAAUGAAGAUGAUCGUCAACAUGAGUGUUUGAACGUCACUCAGUUGUUAAAAUACCAUGGUCAUCGUGCCAACUCUCCAAUCUCAUCUGAUCUAUUUACAUACCUUUGCCCUGCUUUGUUAUAUCAGAUUGACAGCCGACUUUGUAUUGAGCAUUUUGACAAACUUUUAGUUGAAGAUUUAAAUAAGGAUAAAAAUCAGGUUCCUGAAGAUAAUGCAAAUAUAGGGGCAUCAGCGUGGAUUUGUGGUAUCAUUUCUAUCACUGUCAUUAGCCUGCUUUCCUUGCUAGGCGUGAUCUUGGUUCCUAUCAUUAACCAAGGAUGCUUCAAAUUCCUUCUUACAUUCCUCGUUGCACUAGCUGUAGGAACAAUGAGUGGAGACGCCCUUCUUCAUCUACUGCCCCAUUCUCAGGGCGGACAUGAUCACAGUCAUCAACAUGCACAUGGGCAUGGACAUUCUCAUGGACAUGAAUCUAAGAAGUUUCUGGAAGAAUAUGAUGCUGUAUUGAAAGGACUUGUUGCUCUAGGAGGCAUUUACUUAUUAUUUAUCAUCGAACAUUGCAUUAGAAUGUUUAAGCACUACAAACAGCAAAGGGGAAAACAGAAAUGGUUUAUGAAGCAGAAUACAGAAGAAUCGGCUAUUGGAAGGAAGCUUUCAGAUCAUAAAUUAAAUAAUACACCAGAUGCUGACUGGCUUCAGCUCAAGCCUCUUGCCGGAACUGAUGACUCGGUUGUUUCUGAAGAUCGACUUAAUGAAACUGAACUGACGGAUUUAGAAGGCCAGCAAGAAUCCCCUCCUAAAAAUUACCUUCGUAUAGAAGAGGAGAAAAUCAUUGACCAUUCUCACAGUGAUGGAACGCAUGCCAUCCAUGAGCAUGACCUCCAUGCUGCGGCACAUAACCACCAUGACGAGAGUAAAACUGUGCUGAGGAAGCAUAAUCAUCAGUGGCACCACAAACAUUCUCAUCAUUCACAUGGUCCCUGUCAUUCUGGAUCAGAUCUGAAAGAAACAGGAAUAGCUAAUAUCGCUUGGAUGGUAAUCAUGGGAGAUGGCAUCCACAAUUUCAGUGAUGGGUUAGCAAUUGGAGCAGCUUUCAGUGCUGGAUUGACGGGAGGAAUCAGUACAUCUAUAGCUGUCUUCUGUCAUGAACUGCCACAUGAAUUAGGUGAUUUUGCAGUUCUUCUUAAAGCAGGCAUGACUGUAAAGCAAGCAAUUGUAUACAACCUCCUCUCUGCCAUGAUGGCUUACAUAGGCAUGCUCAUAGGCACGGCUGUUGGUCAGUAUGCCAAUAACAUCACACUUUGGAUCUUUGCAAUCACUGCAGGCAUGUUCCUCUACGUAGCCUUGGUGGAUAUGCUUCCAGAAAUGCUGCACGGCGACGGCGACAACGAGGAGCACGGCUUCUGCCCCGUGGGACAGUUCAUCCUGCAGAACUUGGGGCUGCUGUUCGGAUUUGCCAUCAUGCUGGUAAUCGCCCUCUACGAAGACAAAAUUGUGUUCGACCUCCAGUUUUGA